AUGGCGGAUAAAGAAUUAAAAUUACUCAGUGGCGUUGAAUUUCAUUUAGCUUUAGCUGAUACAGAUAUUAAGCUAGAAAAUACUUUAAAGACUUAUUUAUGUCCUAUGCUUUUAAAAUUAGCAAGUCCACAUGAUAUUGUGAGAAAAAAAGUAGUUCAAAUCUGUGGUCAUAUUCGUAUACAAACGAAAUCAAAUGAAAAUAUAAAGUUUCCAAUAGAUGCAUUAUUAGAGCAAUUUUUCUCUAAAGAUGUUGGAAACUCUACAAAGAGUUUUACUCUUUUAUUUUUAGAUAUGGCUUUUUUUAGGCUAAAUGAGGAAGAAAAAAAAAAGUUGUUACCUAAGUUAAUAUUAGGGCUUUCAGGGCAUCCUAUUGAGCAUAAAAAAAGAUUUAUAUACUUAAUUUUUCAUAUUUUAGAAAUAUAUGGUUCUUCUAAUGAAGAUUCGAUUUCACAAUUUGAAAAAGAUGAUUCUAUAAAAUCGAUUUUUGAUUCUGAGACUUCUUUUGAAGAUUUUUCAUUUUUAGCAAAAAUAUUUAGGGAUUUGGCGCUAUUUUCAUUAUCAUACUUUCAUUCUUUAUUAAAAAAAAUGCCUCAAGCAAAGAUUCAGGAGUUUUCAUUUUCUAAUCAUUUUGAUAAAACUAAUUUGUCUAAUGAUACUAAUUUUUCUUUGCAAAUUUCUGUUUUGAAGAAAACAUGUCCCGGUUUAUCUUUUGAUUCUUUGAGACUUUUAACUUUUAAAGGAAAUGAUACAUUUACUAUAGAUUCACUCACUAAAAUAAAAAUAGGGACUAUUUGGUUUCUUUCCACAAAUUAUUUUUCAUUAGAUCAAAAAUUUACUACACUUAGUAUUUUUAAGUUUGAUCCUGAUGAUAACAUUAGUCUUAUUGCUAAUGCUUGUCUUAAAAAGUUGCCUAUUAUUGAUUUAGAAAAUGAAAAAAUUAUUGAGAAUAUAUAUGAACUUUUACUCGGGAAUAAUGAAGGGUUAGAAACAAUGCAUAGAGAUCCUGUUUCUUCUCAGAUUUAUAUAUAUUUUAUAAAUCUUUUAUCAAAAAGUCGACAUGCUAUUAAAAACAUGGAAAAUAUACCUAGAUUAUUAAGUUAUGGCUUACAAAGUAAUAUGCAAAAACUGGGAGAAGCAACAGUUACUUUUAUUCAUUGGAUUGCAAGAAUGUCAAGUGAUGAAUCACUAAAAUCAGUUUCUUUGUCUAUUUUGAAUUUACUAUUGACUUAUAUUCAGAAUAGCGACAGUAAAAGUGAAAUUUAUAGAGAGCAUUUGUUUACGUCUCUUGGACUUAUUGCUAAAAGAGGAAUGGAGAAUAUGGAGAUUCCUAUUUUAAAACUUUUGUUUGAUUCUCUUAAAAAAGAAACGAAAUUGGUUAGAUUUUCUAUAGAACAAUCGCUUUCCUUAAUAAUGCCUCAUUUUCAAAAUAUUCAAGGAAGAUUGUUAGAUGAAUUAAAUUCAUUACUAUUUGAAAUUAUUGUUUCUGAUCAUAUAGAUAUACAUUUUUCUGCACUUCGUUAUUGCUUAACAGUCUUUCCUUUUCAUGAAAGCAAAGCAAGAAUGUUGUGUUUACUCUGUUUAAGAGAAAAUUGUAAGCCUGAAGUUAUAGAAGAAGCAAAAAAAGGAUUAAAUCCGUACUGGUUUUUAGUAGUUAAUCAAAUGAAAAGUAUGAAACAAACUUCAAAUAUUGUUUUUUCAAAAAAUAAUCAUAAUCCGUUCUUUUUUCCUAUUUUUGAAGAUUUGAUUGAAAUAUUAGAGAAUCAAAAACUUAAUAAUAAAGGAGAUAAUUUUUUUAGCCAACGUUUUCAAAUGCAAGCACCUACUAUUAAAAAUUACAUGAUAAAAUUUAUUCGACAAACAUUAAUCAUGAAUCUUUUGAGAUUUGAUGAAAGUAUUCGGAAUGGGAUUCCUUUAAGUAGAGCAUGGGAAGAACAGCUUGACAUUGCUAUUAGCACCAAUGACAAGUUUAGAACUGCGUAUAAAAAAGGCUUUGACGUAUUGUGGAAUGAAAAUAGUAAAUUUAAAAAGUAUUUGACUAAUUAUUUUCGAUAUCUUAUUAUGAAUUUUUUUGAAAUUCCUUCAGAAUUUGCAUAUAAUAUUCUUGAGUUACUUUCACUUGGGUCACCGGAUUUAACAAUAAUGUUGACUGAUAAAAUUGAUUUACUUGAAAAUAUUGUAUUAUCGUUCAAAGACAUCGAAUAUGAUAUAUUUCGUGUUCUAGGAAUUGUUGGUAGCCAUCCUAAUAUAUCUAUUGAAAAAGUUAUAGAAUUAUUAACACAUUUUAUUGAUGAUCAGACGUUCCAAAAUAAUCAACAAAUUGUGUCAAAACAUGCAUCUUUAUUGUCUUUGGGAUAUUUAUUAAGUCGUUUGAAGUGUAGAAAUCGUUUAAUUAGAAUUGACUCUGAUUUACUUAAUGAAUGUUAUGAUUUCAUUAUUGAAAAAAUAUCAUCUGAUAAUAACCUUGAAAAGAAAUGUGCUCUUAUAGCAUUUGGAGAGUUGAGUAUUUUUAAUGUUUUUUCAGAUUUUAAAAUUUUGAAUGAACAGAAAUUUAGUUCAUUGGUAAUGAUAAUUCUUGAUAUGUACAAAAAAAUUAAACUAGACACUGCGCUUCAGGAAAUUAUAAUCACUACAUUAGGGAAAAUUUCAGUUAUUAUGAAUCCUGAAGAUUUUAAAAUUGGUUUUGUCUUAAAUUCUAUAUUUGAAAAUCAUGAACGUGAAGAUUAUUUAUAUUUUGCUGAUGGUGAAGCCCUUUCUUGUAUUGCAGCUGGAUGGAAAUCUACGUAUUUACAUAAAUUUCUUGAUAUGUCUAUUUCCUAUAUUCCAGAAACUUCUAGGUUGGAAUAUGUCGAUUUUAUUUUAAAAAAAAUACUUAAAGAAUAUAUAACAAGCACAAAGCUUUCUUUAAAAAAAGCAUCUGUAAUAUGGCUUUUGUCUUUAGUUCAGUAUUGUGGUAAAUCUUCAAGUAUUCAAGCUAAUAUUUUAAAUAUACAGAAUGCCUUUAUAAUGUUGUUAUCAAAUAAAGACAGUUUUAUUCAAGAAUCUGCAUCAAAAGGAUUGAAAUUGCUUUAUGAAAAAUGUUCAGAAGAAAUAAAAUCUAAUUUAGUUCAUAAUUUAGUUUCAUGCUUAAUAACGGAUGGAAAGAAUUAUAAAAGGACUAUUUCGUCUGAAACAGAGUUAUUUGAUUACGAAAUUCAUAGUGGAGAUAAUAAUCCAAUUUCAACAUACGGAGAUGUUUGUAAAUUAGCAACAGAGGUCGGAAAUCCUGAAUUAAUUUAUCAGUUUCUCAAUAUUGCAUCAAGUUCUGCUAUUUGGCAAAGUAAAAAAGGAGUUGCUUUUAGCAUUAAUGAAAUUAUUUUGGGAAAUUUUAAUGCUAAUAUUGUAGAAAAUGAUCCAGAGCUUUCCAAGAAAUUAGUAUCAUGUUUAUUUUUGUAUAAAUUUCAUCCAGUGUCGAAUAUAAGAAAAACAAUGGAAAGUAUAUUUAAGGUUUUUGUUGAUUCAGAAAAAAUUGUGCAAUUUUAUACGGACAUUAUAAAAAGGUUAUUAAAAGGCAUUAGUGAUCAAUCUUGGUAUAUUCGUGAAGCAAGUUGCAAUGCAUUUGUAGAUAUUUUUCAAACUCAAACAUUUGAAAAUAUAGAACCUUAUUUAGAUGAUAUAAUAACAAUGAGUUUACGUAGGGUUGAUGAUGUAAAAGAAACUGUACGAUCAUCUGCAUCUAUUUUAUGUCGUUCUAUUUCAUCUUUUAUUGUAAAAAAUAUUGAAUCUAAAGAUAAUAAUGAAAUUAAAAAAAAAAAUAUUUUGGAAAAAAGUAUUCCUAUUUUUUUAAAGAGUGUACAUUCGGAUGCAGAAGAAGUUAAAAUAUAUUCUUUAGAUAUUUUGAUAAAAAUAUGUAAUGUAGGAAAAUCUUCUUUGAAAUAUUUUAUUUCUGAACUUGUUGAUAAUUUAUUAAAUUUUCUUACCGAAUUAGAACCACAAGUUAUGAAUUAUUUGGAAUUAAACGUAGAUAAAUAUGAUAUAACACAGGAACAACUAGAUGAUUCAAGAGUCUCUUUACUUAGAGUAUCACCAAUACUUAGCGCUAUUGAAUACUGUAUAGAUCAACUUGAUGAUGAUGUAGUUCAAGAGACUAUGAGUAUUAUUCUUAAUAACACGUUAAAAGCAGUUGGUCUUUCCACUAAGCUUGCGUGUUCCAAGCUUAUUAUAAGCAUUAUUUUGAAAAAAAGGGACUGUGUUUCUUCAUAUGCAACUGACAUAUUUAAGACUUUUUACGCAUGUCUCUUUGAUAGAAAUUAUACAGUAAGAAUAUCUUUUUCUACUUCCUUAGGAUAUAUAGCUCGUAUCGCAUUGGAUAAAGAUUUAGUAUUUUUAGAUUCGAGUUUGAAAAAAAUGUAUUUUGAAGAAGAAGAUGAAAAAAAAUUAAUAACUAUUGCUUCCGUAUAUAAACAUAUGUCCACUUAUGCAAAUGAAAAAUUUGUAGCAUUAUUUUCUGUGUUUCUUCCAGUUGUAUUUUUGGGUAAACAUGAUUUGUUUGAAAGUGUUCGUUUUUUGUUUAAUGAAACUUGGAAUGAAAAUACUGGAAAUAGUAGUUCUAUAAAUCUUUAUCUGGAAGAAAUACUCGAUUAUAUAGUUGUUGGUUUAGAAAAUAAUUAUUGGAGAUCAAAAAAAAUAUCAGCAACUGCUUUAAUUCAAGUUAUUAAAGUUUCUCGAAUGGAUAAAUAUUUAAAUAAAUUUAUUCCACUUCUUAUAGAUAUUCUUCGAGGGAAGUUUUGGAAAGGUAAAGAAACAGUUCUUGAUGCGUUUAUUACUUUACUUUUUCAUAAUGAGAGUUAUUUAUUGGAUAAGGAAAAUUUAAUUCAAGAAACAUUUAAUAUUUUGAAUCGUGAAAUAAAAAGAAAUGAUAUUAAUUACAAGCGACAUGUUUUACAUAAUUUUAAUAGAUUUAUUGAAUCUUAUUCAAAUUUUGAAAGUUUUGAAAAUAUUUAUUUAAUUAUAGAAAAGUUUAUAUCUAAUGAUUCAGAAAAAAUACAAACAUGUGAAGAUAAUGAAAUUUCAAAACCUAUGGGAUUAAUUCUUCGUGAAUAUGCGUUAAAAAUAAUCGCAAAUGCCUUUAAUUCAAAAAGCGAUAGAAUAUAUGUUCAUUACUUAGAAUUAGUAAGAAUUUGGAAGGAAAAUAUUCAAUUAGCAACAUGGAAUAUACAAAUAGUAAUAUGUCAAUCUAUUCAGAAAAUUUUUAAGAAAAAUUUCUUAGACAUCCAUUUAUUCGACCAGUUGAAGAAUACUAAUGUUUUAUUAGAUAAUUGGAAUGUAAUUUAUCACACUCUUAGUAACAAAAGCUAUGAAAGUGUACGUAGUGAAGCUAUGAAAGCUGCAAAAAUAUUUAUACAAUCGUUGAAAAAUUACGAUGAUCCUAAAUUAAAAUCUAAGAUUUCUGUUGAUUUUAAUGAACUUAAGUCAACAGAAGUAUCACCAAUGAUUAAAACUGAAUUAGAACAUAUUAAUUUUUAA